GACAUAGGUUUCUCGUGCAUGGUUUACUUAUGUUCGCUAGGUAGUCAAACUGCGUGGCCAUUCUGCAAUUAAAUUAAAUUUAUCCUUUUUUCUGGAUCAUUUCAAUAGCACAAAAAUGCAUAAGAACAACGAUUACUACCGCAAAGGCAGACAACAACCUCAACAAGAGAACACUGGUAUCAAGUUUGUACAAUGUGAAGGCUUGGCUGCAAUGAAGAUUGUAAAACACUGCCACGAAGAGUCUCUUGGAAAUAUGGAAGUAGCUCAAGGUGCACUCUUGGGCUUAGUGGUGGACAAUAGAUUAGAAAUAACGAAUUGCUUUCCAUUUCCGAAAAAUGACGAGACCAUGGACGAUGAAGAGUAUCAAAUAUCAAUGAUGCGUAGGUUACGCAAAGUAAAUGUGGACCACUUCCAUGUCGGAUGGUAUCAAAGUGCAGAAGUAGGAAAUUUUCUUUCAUUACCUCUCCUAGAGUCGCAGUAUCACUAUCAAACAAGUAUUGAAGAGUCAGUCGUUGUUAUUUACGAUACACAAAAAUCAGCUCGUGGAUUUUUGACACUAAAAGCGUACCGAUUGACUCCGCAGGCAAUUACAAUGUACAAAGAAGGUGAAUUUACUCCAGAAGCCUUGCGAACUCUCAAGAUUGGAUUUGAAAAUUUAUUUAUUGAAAUUCCAAUUGUUAUCGAGAAUUCCGCAUUAACUAACAUCAUGAUGCUGGAAAUGAGCGAGAUGAUUCCCGAGGAACACGGAACACACUUUUUGGAUUUGGGAACCGCUUCUGUCUUAGAAACGCAUCUUCGUAGCGUAAUGGAUCGUGUUGAUGAACUAAAUCAAGAAGCUUCAAAGUUCAACAAAUAUCAACAGGCUUGUGUGCGUCAGGAACAAGAAAAACAUCGUAUGUUGGCAAAAUUGGCUCAAGAAAAUUCCAUGCGAGCUUCAAAGGGUGAGCCAACAUUGCCCGAAGAUGAUAUCACUAAACAGUUUCGGCCUUUGCCUGUUCCUCCUCGUUUGAAUCCUAUGAUUAUUUCGGGACAAAUUAACACCUAUUGCCAACAUAUUUCGCAAUUCUGUUCCCAGUCAUUGGCUAAACUCUACAUGACUCAAUCAUUACAAACAGCUAAGGAAGGAAAACAGUAAAAUGGAUUUAUUUUUAAGUUGGCAAUGUAAACAUGCAUUAAUUGCUAUAGAAAUAAAUGAUUUUCAUCUUUGAACUUAA